CCAGAUCAUUCGUAUGGCUGGUGGCAUCGUUCUGUGGAGCGCUGUGGUGGACCAUCAUCCCGCCCAUGCAGAGCUCGUACGGAGCCGUGGUCUUCUUCUCGGUAGUCAUUAGCGAAGCUGUUCGUGGCCUCUUUCACAUGCUCUGGGCAAAGAUCGAGCUGCGGCUGCUCAUCGAGGGCAUGCGUCCACUAGACAUCUACCGGAGAAUGGGCUUUGCCACUGCUGCUGGUCUGGGAUAUGCUGCCAUUCAUGCCCUGGCCUCAUAUGGUGGCCUGCUGUACGAGGGUCGUGGUCCGGGUGCCCUCUUCACUCCGGCUUGCCCGGCCACCUCGCUCUUCUUUAUCAACGCGCUCUCCACCCUUGCCUUUGUUCUCCUCAACAUCGUCUUUAUGCCGGUCGCCUUUUAUGGCUACCACCGGUCCGAGCUCCGCUACCCGGCCGCCGUCGCCGCCAUCCAUCUCGCCGCCUCGUGGUCGACGCUCCUUUUCAAGGCCGGCGGCUCGUGCGCCGGCGGUGUGGCACUGCUGUACGCCAUCGUCGCCCUCGCCGCCGCCCUCGCCUUCCACGUCGGCCGCAAGGUCAACAUGGAGCAGCGGAUGUCGGUCAUGUGAGGUGAGGUGUAAACAGAGGCUCCAAUAGUGAAAAACCCAGGUGAUCUUUACUCGCCCUUGGCAGCCUUCUCGGCCUUGCGGCGGAGGGCGCGCUUGCGGAGCGACAGGUGGUCG